CACCUGCCUGCUUUCUUCCAAUUCUCGCAGCCUUCAGAGAGCCAACCAACCUCAGUCUCGAGGUUGUCCCGCGAGAAGGUUUUACUAAUAUCCUGGAGGCUACAGGGCGAAAUUCCGGGUGAAGUGUAGUUGUGCGGCAGGGAUUCGAGCUUGAAACUUUCGCCGGAAGACAGCUGCAGAGGUUGGGAUCACGCGCGGCGAGGCAAGAUGCUCAAGUCCAAAACUUUCUUAAAAAAGACGCGGGCUGGAGGCGUGAUGAAGAUAGUGCGGGAGCAUUACCUGCGAGAUGACAUCGGCUGCGGUGCUCCGGGUUGCGCCGCGUGCGGCGGUGCGCAUGAGGGGCCUGUCCUCGAGCCUCAGCCCCUGGACCCGGCCAGCAGCCUCUGCCCGCAGCCACACUAUUUGCUGCCUGAUACCAACGUGUUGCUGCACCAGAUUGAUGUUCUCGAGGACCCUGCGAUCAGGAAUGUCAUUGUACUACAAACAGUUCUCCAAGAAGUGAGAAAUCGGAGUGCUCCUGUAUAUAAACGAAUCCGAGACGUGACUAAUAACCAGGAGAAGCAUUUCUAUACAUUUACUAAUGAGCACCACAGAGAAACUUAUGUAGAACAACAACAGGGAGAAAAUUCUAAUGACAGGAAUGACAGAGCCAUUCGAGUAGCAGCAAAAUGGUACAACGAACAUUUGAAGAAAAUGUCAGCAGAGAAUCAGCUGCAAGUUAUCUUCAUAACCAAUGACAGGAAAAACAAAGAGAAAGCCAUAGAAGAAGGGAUACCAGCUUUUACUUGUGAAGAAUAUGUAAAAAGCUUAACUGCUAACCCCGAACUCAUAGAUCGUCUUGCUUGUUUGUCUGACGAAGGGAAUGAAAUAGAAAGUGGAAAAGUAAUAUUUUCAGAGCAUCUUCCAUUAAGUAAGCUGCAGCAAGGCAUAAAAUCUGGUACAUACCUUCAAGGAACAUUUAGAGCCAGCAGGGAAAAUUACUUAGAAGCUACAGUGUGGGUUCAUGGUGACACUGAAGAAAAUAAAGAGAUAAUCUUACAAGGACUUAAAAAUUUAAACCGAGCUGUUCAUGAAGAUAUUGUGGCUGUGGAGCUUCUUCCCACGAAUCAGUGGGUAGCACCAUCUUCUGUGGUUUUACAUGAUGAAGGUCAAAAUGAAGACGAUGUGGAGAAAGAAGAAGAGAGAGAACGCAUUCUCAAGACUGCUGUAAGCGAGAAAAUGUUAAAGCCGACAGGUAGAGUUGUCGGAAUCAUCAAAAGGAACUGGCGACCGUAUUGUGGCAUGCUUUCCAAGUCUGAUAUUAAGGAGUCAAGAAGACAUCUCUUUACACCUGCUGAUAAGAGAAUCCCUAGAAUUCGGAUAGAAACCAGACAGGCCUCUACAUUAGAAGGACGGAGAAUUAUUGUUUCCAUUGAUGGUUGGCCCAGAAAUUCCAGAUAUCCAAAUGGACACUUUGUAAAAAAUUUAGGCGAAGUUGGAGACAAAGAGACCGAAACGGAAGUUUUGUUACUUGAGCAUGAUGUUCCCCAUCAGCCCUUUUCACAGGCUGUUCUUAGCUUCUUACCGAAGAUGCCCUGGAGCAUUACGGAGAAGGACAUGAAAAACCGAGAAGACCUGAGACAUCUGUGUGUUUGCAGUGUGGACCCCCCAGGAUGUACUGACAUAGAUGAUGCUCUCCAUUGCAGAGAACUUGAAAAUGGAGAUUUGGAGGUUGGUGUUCACAUUGCUGAUGUUAGCCACUUUAUUAGGCCAGGAAAUGCUUUGGAUCAAGAAUCAGCUAGAAGGGGAACAACAGUGUAUCUUUGUGAAAAGAGGAUUGACAUGGUUCCAGAGUUGCUUAGCUCUAACUUAUGUUCCCUGAGAUCUAACGUUGACAGGUUAGCAUUUUCGUGUAUUUGGGAGAUGAAUCGCAAUGCUGAAAUCUUAAAAACGAGGUUUACCAAAAGUGUCAUUAAUUCAAAGGCUUCCCUUACAUAUGCUGAAGCUCAGAUGAGAAUUGAUUCUGCAGCCAUGAAUGAUAGUAUUACUACUAGUCUCCGUGGACUAAAUAAACUAGCUAAAAUUUUGAAAAAAAGAAGAAUUGAAAAAGGGGCUUUGACCCUUUCUUCUCCAGAAGUUCGAUUCCACAUGGAUAGUGAAACUCAUGAUCCGAUAGAUCUGCAGACCAAGGAACUUAGAGAAACAAAUUCCAUGGUGGAAGAAUUUAUGUUACUUGCCAAUAUCUCUGUUGCAAAAAAAAUUCAUGAAGAAUUUUCUGAGCAUGCUCUGCUUCGAAAACAUCCUGCUCCUCCUCCAUCAAAUUAUGAAAUUCUUGUUAAGGCAGCUAAAUCCAAGAAUUUGGAAAUUAAAACCGAUACAGCCAAGGCUCUGGCUGACUCCCUGGACCAGGUGGAUUCGCCUAUUUUCCCAUAUCUAAAUACCCUGUUAAGGAUAUUAGCCACCCGCUGUAUGAUGCAAGCUGUGUACUUCUGCUCUGGAAUGGAUAAUGACUUUCAUCACUAUGGCUUAGCGUCCCCAAUAUACACACAUUUUACCUCACCCAUCCGAAGAUACGCAGAUAUCAUUGUUCAUCGUUUGUUGGCUGUGGCCAUUGGGGCUGACUGUACGUACCCAGAGUUGACAGACAAACACAAGCUUGCAGAUUUAUGUAAAAAUCUCAAUUUCCGGCACAAAAUGGCACAAUAUGCUCAGCGCGCAUCAGUGGCUUUUCAUACCCAGUUAUUCUUCAAAAGCAAAGGAAUAGUAAGUGAAGAAGCUUAUAUUCUGUUUGUGAGAAAGAAUGCUAUUGUGGUUUUGAUUCCAAAGUAUGGCUUAGAAGGUACAGUGUUUUUUGAAGAAAAGGACAAACCAAAGCCACGCCUUAUUUACGAUGAUGAGGUACCAUCUCUUAAAAUAGAAGAUACAGUGUUUCACAUAUUUGAUAAAGUUAAAGUGAGAAUCAUGCUAGACUCAUCUAAUCUUCAGCAUCAGAAAAUCCGAAUGUUGCUGGUAGAACCACAGUGUUGAAAUCUACACUUUGGCAGAUUAUGCUUCACCAAAGACAUUGGUUCUUGAACUUGGUUCCACCCCAAUGCACCUGAGGCCUGUGAUGCAGACCAUCAUAGUGGCUCAGCCAGGACAAGCUCAGUGUGUUAAACACACACCCAUCCCAAAUGACCUGCUUCCCACAUGACCUUCCGAGAUCACGUCUGCCUUUGACAUUUCUGAGCCACCAUUCCUCGGGUGUGAAAUAGAUACAUAGUGUGGAAGAUCUACUACUACCCCCCGCUUCCACCCGUACAUCUUUUUGAACUUGAAAGUGUCAGUGGGGAAGGGGAAGGUAAGAAUGAGACUUAUUCUUCUUUUAUGCUUUUACUCACCUUAUUUUCCUACUUGCCUUC